AUGAAUGCUGUAGACGCCACCGAUCGCAGCGGACAGCAAGAUAAUGGCGAAUCACCGGCACUUUUGACAAUCGUCCUGGACACCAAUCCACAUGCCUGGAACUUGCUGCAGGACUCCCUCUCUCUAUCCAAGGUCGUUGUCAAUCUCCUCGUCUUCAUCAACGCGCACAUCGCCAUCAACCAUGCAAAUCGAGUCGCUGUUGUGGCGAGUCACUCCGAGCGCGCCGAAUGGCUGUAUCCAACUCCCACCCCCAACCAAUCUCACCACCAUGGGGUUCAUAGCGAAGAUGUCGACAUGACCAACUGUGGCGCAAACACGAAUGGAGGUCCAGUGCGACCGCCUCCGGACGAUCCCAACAAAUACCGACCUUUUGCACACAUCGAACAUGCGCUCACCACCAAUCUGCGGAGACUAAUGGAGACUACAUCUCCAGAAUCACUCUCGGCUACUCCAGCAACCAUGAUGGCGGGAGCUCUAACCAUGGCUCUGGCUUACAUAUCGAAGCAAUCUGCCGCUCUCCCGACGGCCGCUUCAAGUGCCCAGUUCAACUACUCCGACCCUUCAUCCACGGCCGGAGGCAACGACAUGUCCGCGGAUCCAUCCAAAGCCAACAACCUGCUCGGCCUGACGUCUCGCGUCCUCAUCCUUUCCGUCUCCGGCGACUUGGCAGACCAAUACAUCCCCAUCAUGAACUCCAUCUUCGCAUGUCAACGCCUGGCAAUCCCAAUUGACAUUCUCAAACUCUCCGGAGACACCGUAUUCCUACAGCAAGCCGCCGAUGCCACGGGUGGGAUUUACAUGGCAUUGGAUGAGACCUCUCGCGCGGGAUUCUUACAAUACCUCAUGUUUGCCUACCUCCCAGAUCAGACGGCACGCAAUCAUUUGAUCAUGCCUGGCGAAAGCGAAGGUGUAGAUUUCCGUGCAGCAUGCUUCUGUCAUCGAAGAGUGGUGGACGUCGGGUUCGUGUGCUCCAUCUGCUUGAGCAUUUUCUGCGAGCCAAUGAACGAUGGCUUGUGUUUGACAUGCGGUAGCCAUUUGAGCAUGGCAAACUAUGGGCAAAAGCCCAUGGUCGUGCCGAGGAAGAAGAAAAAGAAGCGCAAGGCUUUGGAUGGUACAGACGCCCCAGAUAGUCGAGCUGCAACACCGUUGCCAGUGUGA